AUGGAGAAGGUAGAAGGGCUCAUCGACCGAGCUCGCCAUCUUGCGCUCCAUGAGGGCAAGGGCAGACCCUCCGUGGACUCAUUCCACUCUUCAGUGGACUCGCAUCUGGAGAAAAUCCACAGUCUUGUCUCCAAGUCCGCCCCGACUGCGCACUACUUUCUCACCACCAUUCAACAUGACUCGCCGGCUGCGGGUGCCGGGAAUGAGGCAACUGCAAAUCCUCUGGCGUCGGCAGAUGCCUUCCGUGCUUACAUGAAAAAUGCCGACUCAAAUGCGCAGGGGCCAGCAAAGGAGCUGGAUCUCGCUGCACCCAUCUCUGAUUAUUUUAUCUCCUCGAGUCAUAACACGUACUUGACUGGUAACCAGCUCUACAGUGAUGCUGCGGCCAGCGCAUACACAAAUGUGCUUCUACGGGGUUGCCGCUCAGUUGAGAUUGAUGUCUGGGACGGCGAGCUUCAAACCCCUGGGUCAAAUGAAGGGGAGGAGAGCAGUGCGAGCAGUGACUCCAGUGAUGAUGAAAAGGGGGGCCUCAAAGCUGCAAUCAAGGAAAAGGUCAAAUCUAAAAGAAACUCAUUGAGAGAGCCCACCAAAUCGAAGUUAGAAGCCCUGCGUCAAAAGACCGCUAGAGGCCCCCAGCAAAUAGCAGGGGAAAAUGCAUCCACCAGUCAAGUGCCAGUUCGAGGGGAGCCUCGAGUGCUACAUGGGCAUACCCUGACUAAAGGCACCACUUUUCGCGAGAUUUGCUACGCGAUCCGCGACAGCGCCUUUGUUGACAACGACCUUCCUAUCAUAGUCAGCUUCGAAGUGCAUGCUUGUUUGGAACAGCAGCAGGUGAUGGUGGAUAUUAUGAAGCAGGCCUGGAAGGGGCUGCUGGUAGAACUUCCGUCGGGAUCAGAGCAGCAGAAGCCUCCUACAUUGCAAGAUCUCAAAAGAAAAAUCUUGAUCAAAACGAAGACAAUUCCCCCGACCAAAAUCACAAAGCCGCCCGUGGAAGACAAAGCCCCCAACAUUUCGCAGGAAACAGUUGAAAAGUCUGUCGAUUCGCAGCCCCCGAAGCCCUCAACGAUCCUCGAAGCUCUGAGUGAAAUGGCCGUCUACACCAGGGCAUAUCAUUUCAGUAAUUUUGAUCAGCCAGAAGCGAAAGUCCCUUUCCAUAUCUUUUCGUUGUCCGAGAAGGCGGCCCGCGAUGCACACAUCAACCAUCGUGAAGCUCUAUUUGCCCAUAACCGUUCCAACCUGAUGCGUAUCUACCCCUUCGCAUUGCGUGUUGCCUCUUCCAACCCCGAUCCACCCUUCUACUGGCGACGGGGAGCUCAAUUGGUAGCCCUGAACUGGCAGAAUCUUGAUAAAGGCAUGAUGCUCAACACUGGCAUGUUCAGCGGAACAAAGGGUUGGGAACUGAAGCCUCCUGGUUACAGAAGCACCGAGCCUUCUUCCACUGUCGCCAAAAGGCAAACACUUGACCUGGCCAUCGAAGUUUUCGCAGCCCAGGACUUGGCCCUACCGCCUGGUGAUCACCGGGAGAAAGGAUUCCGACCCUAUCUGAACUGCCAAUUGCAUGUUGAAGAGCCGGACAGUGAAGUUGCCACAGGCCAGGACGAUAUCAGUUCAGACUCGGAGAAGAGCAGCUACAAAAGAUGCACCAAGAGUGCGUCAGGAAAGAAUCCGGACUUCGGGGCCCAAAAGCUUGUUUUCCCAACAGUAACGGGCAUUGUAGAGGAAUUGAGCUUCAUUCGAAUCAUCACUGACUCCCUUCGCUUCAUCAGAUUCAAAAUAAAGGACGAUGAGCUUGGUCGUGACGAGCUGGCUGGGUGGACUUGCAUUCGACUCGAUCGGCUGCGUGAAGGUUAUCGAUUGGUUCAUCUUCACGACUGCACAGGGGAGAAGACCGGCGGAGUGCUGUUGGUCAACAUCACGAAACACUUCUCUUAG